AUACUGUACGGUCGGUCUAUUGACCGCAUAUGCCGCGGAGAGGUGCGAAAAUGCACUGCCGUUGUACCACUGUUAAAUUUCCCCACAGUGUAUUGUAUUCUGGAAAUCAAGGAAACGCACACUUUGUGGCACAAUAUUAACUAAAAGAAAAAUCAAAAAUUGAUGAUUACCCUUACGUACAAGGGUGUAUAUUAACUUAUACUAUAACCUACUCCGAUGUAUACUUCCGAUAUUCCUUCAAGUAUUCCCCGAAAAAGUAUAUAAAACACCACACUACGCCCUCUUCCCUCUUCACCCACCAUCCUUCUUCUCCACAACAACGCACAAAUACUCGAUACAAUGGCGCCUUCAACUGUGGAGGAACACAAAAGUGCCGAUAAACGUGUUUAUGGUACACACGAUUAUCCUGAUCCAUUAACCCAUAUCGAUAGAACGGUUUGGGAUGUUGUGAUCGUAGGAGCAGGACCGGCAGGAUUAAUGUUAGCAAGUUCGCUUGCACGUUUUGGCGGACAUGAAGUUUUGGUGAUCGAUGAAAGAUCAGAACCCACAACUGCAGGACGUGCAGAUGGAAUUCAACCACGUACGAUCGAAGUGAUGAAAAAUAUGGAACCUCUAGGAUCAGAAUUCUUUGCAAAAAGUGCAGCUUCUUAUGAACGUACUUUUUGGGAUCCUCGUUCAGACGGAAAACGUGGAAUUGAAAGGAAUAGACGUGUUCAAUCUUUCCCUACAAAUAUGGAAAUCGAAGACAAUUGUACUUUAGGGUUACAACAAGGUUUGAUUGAAGGUGGUUAUUUACGUGAUAUGGAAAGACAUGGUCAAAGAGUUACCAGACCUUGGGCAUUUAGAGAGUUUAUCAUGACUUCUGAUGAGCAACAUCCUGUUCAAAUCACUCUUGAAAAGAUGGCUCCUGUUCAAUCAACAACCAAUGAAGGUGGAGCACCAAUCUACACAAUCAAGCCAACAGGUGAACUGAAGACUAUCAGAACACGUUACUUGGUCGGAUGUGAUGGUGGUCGUUCAAAAGUUCGUUCGGUGAUGGAAGAAAAGCAUAAAGUGGAAAUGAAAGGUGAUUGGGUGGAUACUUUGUGGGCCGCUUUGGACUGCGUUGUCGAGACCGAUUUCCCAGACGUACGUAAGAUUGCCGCAAUUCAUUCACGCAACCAUGGUGCUUUGUACAUCUUUCCACGUGAAAACAACGAUCAAGGUGAACCAAUCAUUCGUUGUUAUACACAAGUGAACCGUUUACAAGGUGAAAAGAGUAAAGUUCACGCUUUAGAAGCUCGUGAUAAGGUGACAAGUGAAGUCGUCAUGCGUGCAAUUCAAGAAAUCGCUCAUCCAUAUCACUUCAACUUCAAGUCCGUUGAAUGGUUCACAUGCUAUCCAAUCGGUCAACGUUUGGUUUCUCGUUACUCUCUGCCUGCUGGAAGUGAGAACAACGUCAAUUUUGCCGCUCAUCACGUCUUUUUGGCCGGAGAUGCUUGUCAUACACAUUCACCCAAAGCAGGUCAAGGAAUGAACACUGCCAUCAUUGAUGCACAAGCAUUGGCAUGGAGAAUCAACCUCGUCGAAAAAGGUUUGGCAAAGCGUGAAACAUUAUUGGAAACAUAUCACGAUGAAAGACAUUCUACCGGACGCAAAUUGAUCGACUUUGAUGCCGAAUAUGCUGCUUUGUUUUCUGGUGAAAUUCCAAAAGGUCAACCUGAAUUGGCAAAAUUGAAUGAAGAAGAACGCAAACAACACUUUGUCGAGGUACAAAGGAGGAAUGCCGGUUUCACAACAGGAGCUGGUGUCUUCUAUACCGAUAAUGUCCUCAACCAUACCGACUCACGUAAACGAUUGGGAGCUCGUCAAUCUGUUGAUUCUUCCUCUCAAUCAUCCAAGAAGCUACAAGCCGGAUGGAGAUUGACACCUGCUUGGGCAACGCGAUACAUCUCUUCCAAACCAGUCAGGAUCAUCCACGAGAUCCAAUUUACAGCCCCAGGUGGCUUCAGAUUAUACGUUUGUGCAGGUGACUUGAAAUCCACUCGUCCGCAAUUGCAACAACUUACCCGCCAUCUAUCAUCCAACAAGAGCUUCUUGCAACUUUAUCAUUCAAACGAAAAAGCAAACAAGCUAAAGCAUGGAUAUUAUCAUCAAAAGCCGGAUGUCCUCAAUUCAGGACUUCCACCAGCUUAUUCACAAGAGGUCAAUCCAUUCUUCCACCUUAUGCUGAUCGUCAAACGUAAUAGAUUUGAUCUUGAAUUAGACCAGAUCGCCGAUCUUGGUCCUUUACGUACCAUGCUUUACUGCGAUGACGUUGAAGCAGGCGGUCAACGUUUAAGUGACCUAGAUGGCGAUGAAAGUGUUGGUGGAUUGCAUACAAAAUGGGGUUUGAACAAUGGUGGUGUCGUUGUCGUUCGUCCUGAUGGAUAUGUUGGUUGCGUGGUUGGAUUAGAUGAUGUCGAAGCUCUAGAACGUUACUUUGCCGGUUUCUUGCAAUCCUCCCAAACAGGUGCAAAUACAAACUCAAACUUUCGCGAUUCAGCUGAAGCACGUCUAUGAUGACGUCAAUCUGUAAAUAUUCUCUUUGCUUUUUCUUACUACUUU